AUGGGGGAUCUUGUAUGGCUGAACAGAAUUUUGAUAACACAGACUGACACGGGAUAUAAGAAACUGGAUUCCACUUUACGCAAACAUAGCAUGAAGAUUAAGAAUGUCCAUGCUGUUUGCAUAUUCUCACGGAGUUUCUCGAAUCUGUUUACACUUUAUAUUACUCUGAAGGGGGCGGGUCCUCGUGGAGUUUCCCUUCGAGAGAGCUUAUUUAAAGGACGUCCAGAGAGAAAGCCUCAGUUUCGUGCUGACUUACUCCAGACGAAGGUGACUUGGAGCUUCAUCAUCUCACAAGGACACAAAAUGCGGGCGUUUCUGAUAUUGGCCGUGGUGGCGCUGGCCGUCGAGGGGCAGCUAAGACCAGGUCCUCCGAGACGAGGCCCACCACACCGCAGGCAGUUCCAGGGCCCACCGCGAGGAGGACCCCCAUUCCGAGGCCCUCCACUCCCUCCCCCUCCAGGUUUCCGAGGACCACCUCCUCCCCCUCCUCCGGGCGCGUUCAGACCCCAGGGCGGGCCAGGGUUCCGACCGGGCCAGGGGCAGACGUUGGGCCAGCUGCCCCUGAACCCGCGGCCGGAGUUCGACAACCCCAACUUCAUCCCGCGCGAGGAAGCUGUCUUUUCCGGGGAGGAGGUGGCGUUCAGCGCCGGCGACGACUUCGGUCCGCUCUUCGCCGAUGACGUCCAGGGCCCCCGCCAGAGCCACGAGCGGUUCCGGGACGACGAAGGAGGCAGCCUGGAAGCCACGCCCUUCUUCCAACCCGACCACGACCUUCCUGCGGCCACCGAGGACUCGCAUGGCCUCCCCGAAGCCCCCGCCCCCCAUCAGCAGGUGGAGGAACCGCACCAGUUCGAGGAGGAGACACAGGAGGUUGUCGACGUCUUGUCAGCGCCCCCUUCUAGACGGCCCCGCCCACCCUCGCAGCGGCCACGCCCACCUCAGAGCCGGUUCCCGUCGCAUCCCAAUCAGUUCCCUCUGCACAACGUCAUCGAGGAAGCUCCACCUCAGACCCGUCAACGACCCCUCCGUGACCCCCUCGUCGAGUACCAAUACGACGACGAAGAAGGCGAAGACGAGGACGAGGAGGAAGAACCCGACCGCCUCUCGAUCUUGCUGCAAGACUCCCACUUUACUUGUGCCUCCAAGAAGAAUGGUUAUUACGCUGACGAAGAGGUGGAUUGUGAGGUCUUCCAUUACUGCCAGGAUAGCGUGAAGCACUCCUGGUUGUGUCCUGAGGGAGCGUCCUUCCAUCAGGUCCACCUGAUUUGCAUGCCCCGGUCCGAGGACAACAUCUGCGCCAAAUCCUCCAAGUUCCACUUCGUGAACGAGUUCCUCUACAAGGAGGUCGAGGGCGAGAACAAGACCUACGCCGACCGCUACUACCCAGAGGGAUUCGAGGACGGCGUCGCUAACCUCGAGGACGCACCGGCUCCUGUGCGUGACUUCCCCCAGCACAACGAACCGAUCCACCAGGACUUCGUGGAGGAUGCCCGGCCCGUUCCCUUGCCCCCUCGCCGCCCCGACUCCUUCCUGGACCGCCUCCCACCCUCAGGUCCGGCGCCGCAGCAGUUCCUCCCGGUUGAGGAGCAUCCGGGGAGGCCCUUCGUGGAGAGGCGUCCGGGUCAGUUCGCGAGACCUCACCCUCGCCCUAACGGACCUCAGUUAGGCUUCCAGGGAUAAAGGGGGGAACGUCGCUAUAAUAUGCAUCUUAAUAAAAAAAACAACAACACCAGCCGGGCUUAGAGGAAGCUUGGCAACGUUAAAAAUCAGGGAAAUCACACGAUACACGUGUUCAAACUCACUCUUGUAGGUUACGUGUGUUCAGUCUGAUUCUCCCCGUUUAGCCGUUCAGUGUUUAUUUAUUGUUUCAGACCACAACUUGACCUCCCACUUGCCCCUUACCUCGUCAAUCUAUCCCCCCAAAAAACACAUGUAAUCCCGUAAACCAAAGAAAAAUCUCGCAACCAUGACGCGCCAUUGUGAGAGGAAAUUCGGGAAAAAUGACUCGAGCCUACACGUAUUUCCAGACAAAAGAGCGAAGCUUCGAAACACACAAUUGUUUUGUUUAGGAAAAUCGCCCCAAGGAGAAUGGCUUGAGACCACGCGUAUUUAGAGCGAAGCUUCGAAACACACAAUUGUUUUGUCAAGGAAAUUCGCCCCAAGGAAUGACUUGAGACCACGCGUAUUUCGAGGCAAAGGAGCGAAGCUUGAAACACGCAAUUGUUUUGCUUCGAAUCCGACAAAUAUCGGUGACUAUUAACCGACUGUGUCUAAAUACAAGGAGAGGAAAAGAGGUCCAUUGUGGUCAACAUUUUUUGUAUAUAUGUUCUGUUGUUAUAAAUAUUUUGUUAAAAGCUGUUAUCUCGGCAGGGUUCUUGCAAUCACCGCCUUGUCUGUAGUACUAAAUACAUUUGAGCACCAA